UUCCUACUUUUUAUGAAGAAAUAGGGGAAAUUCCUAGGUCUCCUCAGUUCUGUGGAAUGUGAGAAGUGUAGCUUCAAAGUAAUGUGGUACUUUGGUUUUGUGAGUAUUAUUAACUCCUUUUCUUAUGACUGGAAUCCCUGAGUGGUGCAAACUGUUAAACGCUUGGCUACCAAUUGAAAAGUUGGGGGUUUGAAUCUACCCAGAGGCUCCUUAGAAGAAAGGCCUGGCAAUCUGCUUCUGAAAGAUCACAGCCAUUGAAAACCCCGUGGAGUACAGGUCUACUCUGACACAAAUGGGGUCACCAUGAAUCAGAAUCAACUCCAUGAGAGCUGGUUUAGUUUUUUUUUUUCUUCCUCUUGUGAAUAAGUGAAUUUACAGUGGAUUAAACACUAUGCUCAAUUUAUCACUUAUUUUUAUUACUCAUUUACUUUUUCAUCUUUGAAUCUUUCACUGUUCCCAAUUCUGAACUGUCUACUGCAUUUUCUGGGGAGGUCCUUGGUUAUAGGUUUUUUAACUCACCUCUGUUAGUAUAAACACUAUCAGGGGCUUGUAGUUAAGAGAGCCAGGCUUUUAGCUUCUUUACCUGUAAAUAUCACUGAUAUAAUAUGUAACUUUUGGUCUUUUGUUUGGAUUAGAUGAGAGUGUUUGUAAAAUGCCUAUUUUAGGGCACGUUUGACAUUAUCAAGGAAUAUGAAAACUAGUUGUUGAGUUUAUUCCUACUCAUGGAGACCUCAUGUGUGUCAGAGUAGAACUGUGCUACCUAUGGUUUUCAAUGGCUGAGUUUUUGGAAGUAGACUACCAGGCUUUUCUCCUGUGGUGCCUCUGGGUGUAGUCAAACCUCCAACCUUUGGGUUAACAGAGCACAUUAACCGUUCGUAGUUUUAAAAUCUCAAAUUUAACAAAUCCACUAUAGGAUAUCACCAUCCCCACCAAAUGCAUAUGGGCUAAAUAGAACAGAAUAAAGGCCACUAAAAUUAGGUUAUUGUAUAAUUGGUCAGAGCCAUUGCUACCUAAAUAAUUUGUUUUUUGAUACCAGCUUUGUAAAGUAUAUAAUUCAAUUUUAAGUUUCAGCAAAAUUACAGAUUACUUACAUGUCACCUUUGGGUUGUUGAUGAAUAGUUGAAUCUCUGGGUGCUACAUAUGUAAAUACCAAAAGCCAUCUGUGAAAUACCUGGCAAAUAUUAAGUGCUCAAAAGGCAGCAAUAUGCAGAAUGUCAGAAUUAGUAGCGGCCUUAGCAUUUUUCCCAACCUCCACUUUACGGGUCAGGUAUCCAGGUUAAGUGAUGUCUUGAUCAUCAUGCUGUUGAAUGGCAGAGCUGGAUCAGGUGCUCCUGGCUCACAUGCCUGUGUUUGGAAUGAACAUCUAUUGAUCCCGGGAUUUAUGCCAACAAGCCAUAUGCACAAUCGGUUCUAAAGUGCAGAGAACCUCUUGGCUUAUAACACUUUUAACAGAAUUAGUGUACUGAUCAAAUUCAUGCUUAUAUGUACUACAUCACUUUAACAUUUAUCCUAAAACAUGAUUCAUAUACCUGAGGCUUUGUGGUGACAACAUGAUAAAGGUGGUGGUUUUGGCUAUUCUUGCUUGGGUUUGGUUUACUUUCUCCCUAGGGCCUGUGCCCUGUGCCCUUGUGGUUUCUUGAAGCCCAUGUAGCCCAUACCUCAGUAAUAUCUAAUGAGCUACAGUCCCCUGAUUAAGCCAUGCUGUUUCAAAGUUCUGUGAAUUUGGAUGUUUUGGGCCACUGCCUAGACUGACCUCUCUCCCCUCAACCCACUUACCUCAAAGAGUCUAAUGCCUUCUUUAAUCUGUUUUAGCACAGUGGAUCCUGCCCUGCUUUGAUCUGCCUUUAACACUGUUGCAUGCCUCCCUUCUACUUCUAUUACAGCAUGUAUUACAUUGACUUGCAAUCAUUUGUUUGCCAACUUAGCUUCCCCAUCAGACUGAAAGCAAUCUGAGUUGUUAACAUUUAAAUUGUUACGUGAAUAAAAUAACUAAGAAGAUUCUGUGAACUAAGUUUCCUUCCUGAAUGUAACCCAUUAGGUAUUUCUAAUGGGUCGCAUUCAUAUUUAUGGAGUAGUAUUUCCCCAAGUUGUUAUAGUCCAGGAGUAAUACAUGGAACUGAGUAAGGUGUGUAGGUGGGCUAUAUUUUACCUUUUGUUUGGUAUUGCAAAUGUUUUAACCAGAGGUGGUUAGGCAGCAUGGACAAGCAUCAGAAUCAGGAUUAUAUUAUAAACUGGUAAAUCAGUGAGGUGAGAGAAUAUUGUAUCAAUUCACUGAAGGGGAAGUGAUCUUACAGGAAAAAGUUGUUGGGUUAUACUGAAAUAGGUUCAGUUUUUCAAGAUGACUUAUGGUUUUGUUCUGUAUCCCUGUAUUUAGCAGUAAAAUGGACAUACCAUUUUAAAACUGUACUUACAUCUUUCUCAAAUAGCUUUUUAUGUUUUUUGGGGAAAACUGUCAGUAUUGUACAAAGAAUGCACAAAAAUGAUAUUUAAUUGCAUUGUUCAUAACUACUUUUCAAUGAUAAGCCUUUUAUUUUUUUAUUGAAAAGUAUUUUGAAAGAUUAGGUGUUUACCAUUUAUUUAACCAGACUUUCUUUCAGUGGAAGCUGGCAACCACCGCCUCCUCCCACAAGUUUUGAUGUGCUGUACUGUUCAUUUGGACUUGAGGGAGCAAACUUGUUUCUUUGUGUGUUUAUCAAAUGCUGUGCGUUAUGCUAGGUACUAGGGAACACUAGGAAAGACAUUAGGUCUCUUCAGUGCAACUAAGCUCCUCUAAAAUUGAGAAUAAUUUUUACAUGAGAUACUAAAAUUUGGCUUAUAAUUGUGACACUUCUUAAUUUCAUAGCCCCAUCCCUUUAAAGUGUGUGUGUGUGUGUAUAAAUAUUUUAUUUGAUGAUUUCCAAGCUCCUGUCCCUGGGUGGUACAAAUGGUUGUGCUCAACUGCUAACCUGAAGGUUGGCAGUUUGAACCCACUGAGCAGCCCUGUGGAAGAAUGGCCUGGCAAUCUCCCAAGAAAACCCCAUGGAGCAGUUCUGUGUAACACAUGGGCUUGCUGCAAGUUGGAAUUGAUCCGACAGCAAAGGGUUUGGUUUUGUUUUAAGGUCCUUGAACUAUAAUUUAUUUUUCUUUUAACUAUAUGAAAUCAUAAAUAAUUUGAUAAGUGAGGAAGAAGCAGUGCAGAGCUUCAAUCGGGGUAAACAGUUGUGAAUGGACACAAUGUUAAGUUUAGCUCUGUGGGGAGUUUAGGGGUAAGUGUCUAAGCAUAGAGCAAAUUGCUAAUGGCAAAUAGCUAAGUUCAGAAUGGCAAAUAGCUAAGUUCAGAUGGAGAGUUUGGCAAAAAGCCAGUUCUCAGCAGAUAUUCUAUUUGUACUUUGAAAGAUUUUGUGCACACACUGCGUGUCAGGUGUCGGUAGAGAUUUAAAAUAUGUAUUCAGUAUUCAGAUAAAUCAGAUUUUGUUUAAAGGAUUUGACCUGUCUUGUCUGACAUUUAUUUUAAAAGGCACCAUGACAUUUGAAAUUUUGUUUCCUGUUGUGAUAAUUUUGAAAUAAUUAUAGGUUUUAGUUGGUAGAAUACUUUUUUUUUAAUAUGUACAGAUUUUAAGACCAUUGUUGUUUUCAUAGUUGUGUUUAAUGUUUCCAACAGUUUUAUUAUCAUGAGGCAAAAUAUAUUUUGUACCCUAAUACAGCCUAGAUCAUAAAAUCAAAUACUUGAUUAUUCAUUUUAGAUUUGCUUCCAACAGUUUAUUUUAAAAUAUCAAUAUUAUGUUUUCCUGGUUAUGAGGACCUCCUAAAGAAAUUCUUUGGCAAAAUAGUAAAGAGAGUGAAGAAUCUGACUUCAACGUAACCUUUCAGCUCAUAAAAAGCCAGUUUAAGAAAUCAUGGUGUCAUGGAAAGGAAUUUAUUUUAUUCUCAGUCUGUUUUGGGGAAGCUUUUUUGGAAGCAUUUUCAUGCUGGGUCCCUUUUUACCCUUGAUGUUUCUAAACCCAUCUUGGUAUCGCUGGAUCAACAACCGUCUUGUGGCAACCUGGCUCACACUACCUGUGUUCAGGAGGCUAGAAGUCCAAACUCAGGAUGCCAGCUCCAAAGGAAGGCUUUCACUCUCUGUGUUGGCCCUGGAGGCAUUGCUGGAGACCAUGUUUGGUGUAAAAGUCAUUAUAACAGGUGAUGCAUUUAUUCCUGGAGAAAGAAGUGUCAUUAUAAUGAACCAUCGGACAAGAAUGGAUUGGAUGUUUCUGUGGAAUUGUCUGAUGAGAUACAGCUACCUCAGAUUGGAAAAAAUUUGCCUCAAAGCCAGUCUUAAAAGUAUUCCUGGAUUUGGUUGGGCUAUGCAGGCUGCUGCCUAUGUCUUCAUUCAUAGGAAAUGGAAGGAUGACAAGAAUCAUUUUGAAGACAUGAUUAAUUAUUUUUGUCAUAUCCGUGAACCUCUUCAACUCCUCAUAUUCCCAGAAGGGACUGAUCUCACAGAAAACAGCAAGGCUCGAAGUAAUGAUUUUGCUGAACAGAAUGGACUUCAGAAAUAUGAAUAUGUCCUACACCCAAGAACUACAGGCUUUACUUUUGUAGUAGACCGUCUAAGAGAAGGUAAGAACCUUGAUGCUGUCCAUGACAUCACUGUGGCAUAUCCUCACAGCAUUCCUCAGACAGAGAAGCACCUCCUCAAUGGCAACUUUCCCAAGGAAAUUCACUUUCAUGUCCGCCGAUACCCAAUCGACACCCUCCCUACAUCCAAGGAGGACCUUCAGCUCUGGUGCCACAAGCGGUGGGAAGAGAAAGAAGAGAGGCUCCGUUCCUUCUAUCAAGGGGAGAAGAAUUUUUACUUCACUGGGCGGAGUGUAAUUCCUCCUUGUAAGUCUGAGCUCAGGGUCCUUGUGGUCAAAUUGCUGUCCAUACUGUACUGGACCCUGUUCAGCCCUGCCAUGUGCCUGCUCAUCUAUCUGUACAGUCUGAUUCGGUGGUAUUUUAUAAUCACCAUUAUAAUUUUUGUGCUGCAGGAGAGAAUAUUUGGAGGACUAGAGGUCAUUGAACUUGCAUGUUACCGUUUUUUACACAAGCAACCACAUUUAAAUUCAAAGAAAAAUAAGUGAGAUUAUAUGGUUGGCAAUGUAAAAAACCUAGGGGAAAUUUUGGAAAAGUUCUAAGCUUUUGUAAGCUGAGAUGCAUUUUUGCAUGAUGAUGUCAGGUAUUUCAUACUACUGUCCUUAUUUGUUAAAGAUAUUUUGUGAGAAAAAAUAUUGCUACACACACAGUUUGUUUUUUUUUAAAUCUCUGAAUGUAAUUUCGAUACUGCUUAGCAGGGAGCUAUCACUGUCAAGCAACUCGAGCCAGAGUUUUAAGCAAUCAUCAGGCUUGUAACAGAGAGGUACACGCAAGUUUUUCUUACAGGCCCAAUCUGAUUACCUGCCAAACUCCUAGAUGAGAAGGCAGACCUGGACCUUUUGAGCAUGGGCCAAGAUCAAGAGCCGGUACAUGACUGCCCCAGGUCACCUCACCAAUGUGAGCACCCUUUCUCCUGGCAGCCAUGGCACAGGGUGCCCAGGACUCACUCUCUGCACGGCCCAUACUCUUUUCUAUGCCAGUCAAACCCAUUCCAUCCUUCUUCCUGAAGACCAGAAAGCCAAAAUGUCUAAUCAGGCAUUAUGAUAGGAGCCCCUUCAUCGUUCUUAAAAUCUUGGCAUUUAGCCUUAUGCUGACCCAGGCAUCAGAAGACAACCUGUGCCCUUUCUUCACAUGGAAAAUAAGACCUGGAUGUGUCUCAGGGAGAAACCACAGGCUCUCCACUUGGAAACCUUAGCUUGAAUUUUAAAGAUAGGAAUUAAUAGGGUUUUGUUCUUCCCACAUACUUAAUCUUGCAUGCUUAGUGCUGGUUUGCUUAUAACUUGGCAGGUGUAACUUUUUUUGCAUUAAAAAUGGUAAACAUGAAGUCACAUACUUUUUUAAAGGAAAGCUUAGAAGAAUAUUCUGUUAAUGCAGUCAGAAACUGUCUUUUGAAAUUGUGUGUCUUUUGAAAUAUUUCUUUAAGACCUAUCAAAAAAGGAAGGUUAUUAUGUCUUCUACAUGUGUUGGGUAUCCAACGUCUGCUAUUAAAACAACAACAGCAAAAUUGCUUGUGACAGGGCGGUAAUGGUUUAUCUAUUCCCUGGAGCCUCAGCAGGGUUUACUCUUAAAACCGAACUGAUGGACAGAAAUGAAUCAUUUUUAAUAGUAGCAAGGUAUCUCUCACUCUGUCUUUUAACCCCAGGCAUCUUCUUUCAAUAUUAAUAUUUAAACCCACUUUUGACCAAUUGUUCACCUAAAUAUCCCUGUCAGUUGGCGUCAAUGGAAAAUCUAGCAAACCAACAGCAUCAGUCUCCUUCUGAGGCAAAAGAAAUACAUCCUCACUGUUUCCACUGUAUUGGAACCAGGCCCUACUUUUUACUUCAAUCACAGGGAUGCUGGUUAGAGGAGCAAAAAAUGUGAGGCAAUUAAAAGUCGUUAGCUGUUAGCAAACGUGUCAGCUUUAUUGCUGUGUUCAGUCAGCCUCAAAAGCUACUUAUUACUUUCUGUACUCUUCUGGCAUGAAUGCCUUCUCUUUAAUUACACGUCAUUUUUGCUUGACAAUGACUUUUACCCAACAGUUGAAUCGUACAUUGCCAUGAAAAGUAAACAUGUCAUGAGCUAAACUUACAGAGCAGAUUCUUGUAGAAAGUACUGGUUGGGACAGAACAAUGUUGACACAUCAUUUUUAUUAGAAGGGUAUUAACUGGUGCCCCUACUGAAACUCACCAGCCUGUAUUUAACUGCCCCUCAGAAGCUGUUUUUAAUCCUGCUCCCAAUCAAACCCAAUGCCAUCGAUUUUUUAAUCCUGGAUUAAUUUUUUAAUCCUGCUGAGAGUUACUAAUUAGUUAUUGUGCACAUCUGCUCCAGACCCAGCUGUUUAACCUCAUGGUUUUUAAGGGUUUUUACCCUACUUUUUUUUUUUUUUCCUCCAUUAAUAAAAGAGGCUUCUAAUUUAGGUUUCUCUCAGACUUCCUUUUGUUAUAUUUGGAAACACAGAAAUAGUUUGACAAUUAGGAUCACAUUUGUCCUGGGUAAAAGAAAAAAGCUGUGCCUUCUACCCCAAAUGGGUUUAUAAUGCAGCCGGUCCAAGCUGCAGUGGAUUACUGCCCUCCCUCCAAAGUCACAAGGCUCAUUGUUCAAGCUGUCCCUUCCACUGGUGGCGUGCCUGCCUAUACCCUCUGAGAUCUUUAAAGAGAUUUGAUUUUUUUUUUUGCUAAUUAGAAACAUGAAUGCAAACUUAAUUUCACCUACCUGGAAUUCAUGAUUAUAAGGUACUAAAACUGGUUAAUACCGACAUUGUACUUGCUUUAAGAAUUAGAAAUGAUAAUAUCAAAAAGAAAAGUCCCUCUUGGCAGUUUUGUUUUGUUUUAGCUUUUUGCGAUCAGGCUUCCUUUUAAAUCAAAACUGUGCAUUUCUCUACACAUGUAUUUGCGUUAAAGACUUUUUGUAAUUUUAUUUGAAUAAAUAACUUUUAAAAGAAAUACACAGUUAAUGAUUUAGAACUGAGAGCUAUAUUAAAUUGAUGCCAAAAUGUCAAGUAAGAAUUACGUUAGCUUUCCAAUGUGAUUGUCCUUAGGAAUUACCCUUUCUGCACCUUCUCUCCCCAUCCCUGCAGAACCAGAGCCACCUCUGGUCCAGCUAUAGCUAGAAACUCAAUCCCUGCUUACUGCUCUUUCAGUCCUUUGAAGGCAAACUCAAUGGACUUUGAAAUUUUUACAGUGCAAUAGGUUCAAUUGUUAAAUCUUUAAUUUACCAUUCUGUAAAGUUUUAAUAAAGCAAGUGUGGUUUAUAUAGGACAUGAACCAUUAUACUUAAAAUAUGAACCUACAAGAAAGGGCCCUGUUAUGGUAACAAGUUCUUUCACCAGACAUCUUUGAUGAAACAAGCCAAAGUAAUUUAAAAUUCAUUAGACAAACAUAGCAAAGGACUAAAAAAUAAAUGUCAUAGCCCGUAUUUCAGGCUCCUAAUGAAACCCUUCCUUGGUUUUUAUGCUGUUACAGUGCAUAUUAAGGGGAAGUAGCAGCUGCCAUUUGAGUCACUGAAAUUAGUUACUUCAAGAGCACCAUUCAGAAAUCUUAUAUUGGAGCACUCGGCAAGACUGAGUUCUGAAGAGGGAGAAUGUUCCACCUGUCUUCAAGCUCUGGCUCAACCACUAUGCCCUUGUGCCCCUUUACAGUAAAGAGUAAGGGAGGGAGCCUGUUCGUUUUAAAUUGUUUACAUUUCUUUAUAUAAAUAACGUGCUUCCAGUGCCUUAGUUACGGGUCCCUUCUUUUCAUGUUCCAAGAAUUCUGCAAUGCGUGUCUUAGGAAAAGUCACUUUUUGCUACUCACUGGGAGGGAAAUGGCUUGUAAGCACUGGUGACUGUACUGGGUAAACACUACUUGGUGAAAACAGGGAGACGAGAGCUUGACACUGAGGUAGUGCUCGCCUUGUACCUUUAUGCGUGCUGUAGAGAGCAAAGGUAUUUUUGUCACAUGAUGAGCUUCAGAUCAGAUACGGCCCUAAAGUUGUCUUGUACCUACCUUAAUUUUUUAUUUCAUAAGAGAAUCUUGGUUUUGGUAAUUAAUUUUUUAAAAAAGCAUUAUGUGCAAAACACCAAUUUAAAAAAUAACUCACAGAAUGGCCUUAGUUUUCAGUGUCCACUGGUAUGUUUGUGAGUUGUAUUAUCUGUAAUACACAUCCCAGAAUAAAAUGAAGUGAAUUGAGUAGGGUUCACAUGUGUGUUCCGUUUCUAUUUUCACAGGAAUGAGGAGAACUACAGGUUAUGGUGCUACUUGGUUUACAACGUUGUUAUAGCCUUACAAUAUGUAGAAUUUAGGGAGUGCUGAUCAGGUAGGACCCUUUCUUUCGCAAAUGUGUGGGGGCGGGGAGUGGGAGGGAUGGCGUAACUAAAACCGUCCAGAGGUCACAGUUGGAUUCAGGGUUCCACAAGUGUCAUCAAAACUUGAUUUUCAUCCACCUCUCAGUUCAGCCCUGCUGUUGAAGGCAAUUUGAUGGAUAAUUCCAGAAGUGUGGGGUUCUUCGGGGAAUUAUCAGCACUGCCAGCUGCUAGAGGUAAAUGGGACUCUAUGCCCCCCCCCACCUACCAUCUUACCACUUAUUGUUAGCUGUCAUUGAGGCAGCUCAUAGCGACCUUAUGUAAAACAGAACAAAAUGUUGCCUGAUCCUAUGUCAUCAUCCCAAUUGCUAGUCUACCAUUGUGGCUAUUGUGUCAGUCAUCUGACUGAAGGUCUCCUCGCUCUCGUUGGCCCUCUGCUUCACUAAACAUGAUGUCCUUCUUCAACAAUUGAUCCCUCCUGUUGAUGUGUCCAAAGCAACUGAGUUAGACAGUGGUCUUUCAUCAUCCAUAAGGUUUUCAUUGGCUAAUUUUCAGAAGUAGAUCACCAGGCAUUUUUCUUUGUCUGUAUUAGUCUGGAAGCUCUACUGAAACCUGUCUACCAUGGGUGAUGAUGCUGGAAAUAUGAUACCAGCAAGGUAUUUGAAAUACCAGCAGGGUAUUUGAAGACAGAUGGGGUCUUCUCCUGGACUCUAGGGACCGAAGGCAGGAGAGAGAUGAAUUUUAUGAUAAAAAUCAAGGACUGUUACAGGGAAUAGGAUGAAAUGUCCACUGUUGACAACUAUUCAACUUCCCAAGCCUCCCAGCAAAGUUUGGGGAAAAUCAGCAUGAUUUCCAGAGAGGCUGCCUGACCCCUGUGAGAUGCUAAGAGGCUCAACAGCUUCUCCAUCAACACCAGGGGAUAUCUGGAAACCAAAGGAGUCUCCAUAGUUGUGUGUGCACAGUCUCCUCAACAACCGGGUCCAUAUGAAUUCUUCAGUCACUGCCACCACAAGGAUCACUGAGAUGUAAGCAGUACUGAAACCUUUUUUCCUAUCAAGGGAAAUCGGUUGAAGUAUAAAUACUGUGCAGUCCCUGGGUGGGACAAACCGUUAAGGUGCUAUCAAAAAGGUUGGAGGUUAAGUCCACCCAGAGGCACCUCAGAAGAAAGGCCUGGUGAUCUAGUUCCAAAAAAUAAUUGUUAUGCAUUUACUCUUUAACUACAGUCCCACUUCUAGAAAUCUGUAUCACAAAUACUGGAAAAAAAUUGCAAGAUAUGUACACACAGCUAUUCAUUGUGGAUCUAUUUGUAAAAAUAAAACUCUGGAAACAACCCAACGCCCAUCUGUAGAGGAGAGGUGGAAUACUCCAUGUUGUAAUUAGGGGAGUAAGGAGCCCUGAUGGCACAAUGAUUAAGCUCUCAGCUGCUAACCAAAAGGUCUGUGGUUUGAACCCACCAGCUGCUCCACGGGAGAAAGAUGCGGCAGUCUGAUUCCAUAAAGAUUACAGCCUUGGAAACCCUAUGAGGCAGUUCUUCUGUGUCCUAUAGGGUUUGCUACAGAUCGUAAUUGACUCGAUGGCAGGGGAUUGGGGAAUUGGGGGAUUCGGUUCUGUGCAGUUGUGCAGAGCAAUGAUGGACAUCUGCACAUAACUGCUAUGGGAGUGAUACCCAGGAUAUAAUCUUAGAAAGAAAGGUGGGGAAUAGCAUCUAUACUUACGCUGUCUUUUAUCUAAGAAGGUGGGGGGCAUACAGAUUCACUCAUAUGCUUAUAUUAAAGACUAGUUAAAAUAAUUUAAAAAUAUUAAUCAUAAAAGUAAAAUGGCUGCAUACAAGAGGAGGGCAGGAACAGGAUAGAUGGGACAAAGAUAGACUUCUCUGGAUGUAUUUUAUUUUAUACAGUUGACUUUGGAACCAAGUUCAUGUUUUACAUAAUUACGAAAUUAAAAAAUGGAGAAAGCAAUCUCUGAAAACCAAAAAGAAAAUGAAACAACCCUAACUUGUGUCAAGCGUGCGACAUUAUUUCAGGUGGUUAUAACGUAUAUCUGUAAUAGUACAAACCUAGGCACAAAAAGAAUUACCAAAAAACAAACAAAAAAAAAAUCUUAGUUUUUGUCAUAUUGUUAAUAAUAUUCUUGGUUUAUUUUCUGAAACUAUUACAUUUGUUGUAGUAUAAGAUAAAGCAUUUGAACAAUUAUGAUACUGUUGCUAGGAACCAAGAUUUUUAGUGUAAAAAAUUAUAUAUACAUGUGUAUAUAAAUUAAAGACGUUAAGUAAAAAUUCUUGAAAUCGUAAAUUGGAAUUCAAAAUAUCAGUUUGAAUUCAUGAUAUAUUUUCUCUUUUACAAAGUACUUGCUAGCUCUGUCCAUAAAAAAUGCUCAGAAACAAUGACCAACCCAGUAGCAGUGAGCACCCUGGUGCCCGAUUAAAAAAAAAAAAAAAAUGGGUGCCCGAUUAGAUCAUGGAAAAUCAUUUUCCACCAAAAUGAACCAGAGGUUCUUGGACAAAUGAUUGAUUUCAGAUCUGGGGCAGGACAGGUAGAAGGUGAGCCUAGACAUCAUGUGAUACCAAAAAGCAAGGAAGCUUUCAAAGACAAUUGAGGUCAUGUCAAAAGGAUCAGGAGCCAAUUUAAAGAGGCUCCCACUGUCUAAAGAGUGAUAACUUGAGCAUUAAUGAGAAUGAUAACUGGAAUGUAUACAAAUGUGCCAAAUAUGAUAAAAGCCAUGAGUUAAUAAUUGACACAUUUAGAAGAUGCUAGAUAACCAACUCAUAAUUCUGGAAACUGGCAACCAAAGGGUUAGCAUUUAACCUUUUCCUGGAAGAACUGUAUCUCAAGGUAAAUAGUUGAAGACAGAAAGCUUCUCUCUAUAGAAGUUUGCUAGCUCCCAAAUGAUGAAACUAUAGACUAAAUGUGACUGCAGAGUUACAUUAAUCAAAUGCAAUGUGUAAACUCUGUUUGGGUCCUUAUUUGAAUAAACAGAUUUUAAAAAAGCAUUAUGAGACAGUGGGUUACACUGACUGUAUAUUUGGUAAUAUUAAGGAAUUCAUUUUUAGGUAUGAUUGGUAUUGUGAUUCUGUUCUGAAGGAGUUCAUAUGCUGUAGAGAAUCACACUAAGAUAUUUACUGAGGAAGUGAUAUGAUGUCUCAUUGGGCAGUAGGUGGGAGAUGGAUAAGCAGAGCCCUGAAGUACCUGUAUUUCACAACAGGUACAUGAGAGGACAUCACUCCUCUUUGUGGAAGCUUUGAGUAGUCCAGUGUUAAGAGAAAUUGCUCCCAGGUAAUUGGCCUCAAGAGAUUUUAAGAUCCAUGAAUGGCUGAGUGGCCGGUCAGGUGACCAGUACACAGGGAAAGGGCCAUCCCAUCAUUGGCAUCUGCCAGGGGACCAUUUGGGGGCUCAGGGACCCUCUCAGGGCAAACUUCUGCCCCUCAACCAGGCCUGGGCCUUCCAGCCAGAGUGCCAGGCCUUCAACAGGGCCAGGUUUCUGUUGUUGUCAGAUGCCUUCAAGUUAGCUCAUAGUGACCCCAUGUACAACAGAACAAAACAUUUCCUGAUCCUACGCCAUCCUCACAAUUAAAUUACUAUGUUUGAGCCCACUGUUGAAACCCCUGUGUCAAUCCAUCUCAUUGAGGGUCUCCCUCUUUUUUGGUUAACACUGUAUUUUACUAAGCAUGAUGUCCUUCUCCAGGGAUUGGUCCCUCCUGAUUAUGUGUCCAAAGUAAUCAAGACAAAGUCCAUCCUCACUUCUAACGAAUAUUCUGGCUGUGCUACCUCCAGGACUGAUUUGUUUGUCCUUCUAGCAGUCAUGUAUAUUCAAUAUUCUUCCCCGGCACCAUAAAGGGCCAAGAAGAGUACCAGAUAAACACGCAUUAAGUAUACUGGGCUCUUCUCCCACCAGUGGGGUCUCUCCAGAGGUGCCUCCUCCUGCAAACUCUCCCUCGAAGCCCCCUUGCCAUGACCUCACAGAUACCCUGCUUCUGAAGAGCAGCAGGGUCCUGGAUGCAGAAGCAUUCUCUCUGGCCUGGCCACGAGGGUAGACUCUGCCCUUACCUCUCUGUCGGUGCAGGCUGUAAGCCAGGUGCACAUGGGAUUACCUGUGAAGCUGUAAACUAGCCAGCGCCAGGCCCCAUACCCACCCUGACAUCCCACUUUAACUGGUCACGUGUGCAGCCUGAACACCAGGACGUUUAAAUGCUCCCAGGUGAUUCUAGUGGGCUGCAAUGUGUCCACCCUUCUAAGACCUUGGAGAAGCCACUUUCACUCUCUAGCCUCUAUCUCCUCAUCUACAGAAUGUGCAUUUGGUCCCAGAUGUUCUGGAAGACCUGAGGUGGAUUAGGAGGGAUUUAAUUCAGUAAACAUUUAUUAACCACUUACUAAAUUCAGGGCCCCAGGUGGGAAGAAGCAAAGAUAAUUAAGCUUUCUUCCUCAUCCUCCCGGGCACAUGUGUGAACACACAACCACACACGCUUCUCUCCUUCCCCAAACAUUGUUUAUGAAGCACCUCCUAUAUGCCAGGCACUGUGCUAGGUCCUUGAGGAUACAGUGGUAAACAGGCCACUGACAGCACAUGUUAAACAAAGGAUGACAGCUUCUGUGAUGGGUGCUGUGCAGGAGCUCAGCAUCAGACCAGAGCCCAAGGAAAGCUUUCAGGAGCCCAUGACAACUGAGAUGUCUCAAAUCUGAGGGUGGAGGUAAUACUGAGUAAGACCUGAAUUUCCAUCCUUCUGCCAUCAUUUAUUUAGCCAGGUAUAAAAGGCUUCCUGCUGAGCCUGCCCUCAGUUCGCACCCAAGCAACGACAGUGACUGGGCAUUAGCACCCCUGGAGAGGCAGUGUGGCACGGUGGAAAUAUUGAGGGCUUUGGCACCAGACACACGUGGGUGUGGGUGAUGCCCAUCCCGCUUGCCAGCUGUGUGACCCUGGGCAGGCUGCUUGACCUCUCUGAAAAAUGGGGAUUAAAGUCAUACCUCUGUGGUGGUUGUAAAGAUUAAAUGAAAUAAUGUGGGUGAUGUUACUUUUGCUGUGUCUGCACAUAAUAGAAGUGCAAUAAAUGGUAGCUGCCAUGGUUUCCACAGCUUUUAUUACUGAGACAGUGCCCCCUUCUGAACAGGUGUGAGUAAUGCUGUACCUGUCUGCUUUCUCCAAGGUAAGGGGGUGCCUGGGCCACCCAGCCUUAGUCAGGAGCUAAGACUAAGCAGACAGGAGAGUGGUGUCUUGGCCUGCAGGGCUGUAUAACAUGGAGCAGAGGGAACAGUUCAAGAAGCCAGGCCCCUGGGAAGACAGGAAAUGAGCUGACCUGCUUGUCAGGGGACCAGGCCAAGAAGAGGGCCCUUCCGGGUGGGGAGUCAACCAGACAAAAACGAAGAGAAGAAAUAAGAGACUAUGUCCUGUGCCAAGGCAGAGCCCUGAAUAUGGUGCCAGAGGUAGGUGUGGGUAGUGCUAGAGGCUUCUCCCAGAACACAGCUGGUGGGCAGAGGGCCCCAGCCUUGAACCGCUGUGUCUACUGUCCAGCGGCUCAGUAGGGGUUGUGGACAAUAGCUGGUAGUAUAAUUCUUAGAAACCAUUAUGACAAAUGACCAGUCUGCCCCCUGUAACUAUUUACUUACUAAUGAUGGAAAUUUUUCAUCCCAUGGACUGACUCAACUCAGAUCUCAACCAAGAGGGGGAAAUACUCAUUUGUGGCCAGUGCUUGCCAGGUAAUCGAGCAGCAGAUUUGGUUUCUCUGAUUGCUCCCUGUGGGCACACACACAGCGGGGAGAGGGAUGGACUGCUUGAGGAUGGGAGGGCACAGUGACAGAUGUGCGGCUGGCCUUCAGCCAGAUGACAGCACGGAAGGGGUUUGGAGGAAGCAUGAGAUCACUCAGAAAAGGAGGUCAGAAGUGCAAACUGCCAAGAAGAUCCUUUCUACUUCCUCCUUUAGAGGUGACCAUUCGUCCAGUGGGUUCACGUUACUGGAGAGCUGGUGGCCUUGUAGACCAGCCAUGAGUCUACUGGGAAGAGUCACCAAGGAUGAGAGGUCAGCAGGUGACACUGCACAGCUGGCUGCAUGGGAGCCAUACAGGGACUCACUGGGGAAAUAAUGGCAGAGGCAGGGCCCACUUUGGGCUUGUAUGUGCACUCACCUGGCCCUGUGCUCAGAUGGGCCCCACAUUUGGUUUAAUGCUCUGCUCCUGCUGUCUUGAAAUUCUUAAUAAUUUCGAAUCAGCCUCAUUUUCCUUUGGCACUGGUCCCUGUGAAUUACGUAGUAGCAGGUCCUAGCCAGAAGCUGUACCAGACCUGGGAAGGCCUGGUGUGGAAUUGUAGUCCUCAGCCCUGGCUGCACAUGGAAAUUACCUGGAUGCUUUUUAAGACUGUAGGCAUUUUCUUCCCCCCUCUACCUUCAGCCUACGGAGAGG